AUGAUUUAUAUGCUUAAACAUUCUAGAAAGGCAAAGUCAAAUGCAGCAUUGAUACUCAAGAUUGAUAUACAAUCAUUGACGGUUAUCAAAGAUCAAUUUUUUGAUGAUGCUGCUUUAGCGGAUAUUGCUGAAGAACUUCCCGACUCCACUCCCCGAUUUCUUGUCGUUAGUUAUGAAAUGAAGCAUCGUGAUGGACGAAUCUCAUAUCCGCUUGUUGGUAUUUAUUACAAUCCAACUGGAUCGAGCACCAACAAUCGAAUGCUUUAUGCGAGUACAAGCUCACACCUGUUUCAAAAAGCCGAUAUCACUGGCAAGGUGUUUGAUGUUACAGAUCCGGAGGAGCUUACGGAUGAAUGGAUGAUACAAAAACUUGAGGCAUCGCUUACUCGGCCAUAA